UCAGAUUAACACUAAUCAAAGCUUAUUCAACAAUAAUUUUCUAUUUAUUUUAUGUAUUAACUUUUUCGCUUUUGAAAAGUAAACUAGCAAGAGCUGAGAUCUCUUUUCUUUCUUUAUAAAUUAUUUCUCCUCCUUUUUCUCUAGAAUCUUUCGCAUGAAGUCUCUUUAAGUUUUUAUUUUCCUUUUCUUCCUGUAUUUCUUUUGAAGCCGCCUUAUAUGAAACUUUUCCAUUUUUGAUAAUCCAUCCCGUUUCUCUGUUUCAUUGAGAUUGAUAUGUUCUUUGAUUCAGCUUUGACCGUUGGAUCAUUCAGCUCCAGGGGUUAUUGAUUGGAUUUGCUUUCUGGGUUUUUAGUUGUUUUUGUUGUUAUUGGUUCUUUUCUGAGGGUUUUGAAUCGAACUUUAAAACUUUAAAAAGCUUUCGAACUGAUUCUGAAAGAGUUGGGUUUAAUCAUUGAGUUACUUUCGGUAAUGUGAACUUUUGUCAGAGAGUUUCAGCAGAGAGCUAGUAGGUGGCUUAAAGAGCAAAACACAAAGCCCUAGGAACAAGAAGAAGAAGAAGAAGAAGAAGAAGAAGAAGAAGAAAAAACCAACUUUGUAUGCUAAAAGGAAUAUAUUGAAGUAAUGCCGGUCGACUUAGAUAAUUCAUCCACCGCUUCCGGUGAAGCUAGCGUCACGUCCUCCGGUAACCAAAACUCACUUCCCAAAUCCACCGCCAAGAAGAAACGUAACCUCCCUGGAAUGCCAGAUCCGGAUGCAGAGGUUAUUGCUUUAUCUCCGAGGACUCUUCUAGCGACGAAUCGAUUCGUUUGUGAAAUUUGCAACAAAGGGUUUCAAAGGGACCAGAAUCUUCAGCUUCAUAGACGAGGUCAUAAUUUACCAUGGAAGCUGAGGCAGAGAUCAAGUAAGGAAGUGAAAAAGAGAGUUUAUGUUUGUCCUGAGAUCACUUGUGUCCAUCACCAUCCAUCAAGAGCUUUGGGCGAUCUUACGGGAAUUAAGAAGCAUUUCUGUAGAAAACAUGGUGAAAAAAAGUGGAAAUGCGAUAAGUGUUCCAAAAAAUAUGCUGUUCAAUCGGAUUGGAAAGCUCACUCCAAGAUUUGCGGUACUCGGGAGUACAAAUGUGAUUGUGGAACUGUGUUUUCCAGGAGGGAUAGUUUUAUCACCCACAGGGCUUUCUGUGAUGUGUUGGCAGAGGAGAGGGCUAAAGCUCAAACACAACCGCAGCCUCAGAAUCAGAAUCAAACUGCCACCAAAGAAUCCGACCCAAAACCUCAGACUACGGAUUGUUCACCACCAUCUGCAGCUGCACCGGUAUCGGUUUCUGCGCCAGAAUCAGGGAAAGUUCCAGCUCCAGCUCCAGCUGUGCCUCAGUUAACUAGUGUGAUAUCUUCUUCAGCUUUGCCAAUUCAAAGUUCUGAGUUGCCUGAAAAUCCCAGUCCUAUCAUGGAAGAAUCUCUGGCUCCAGCUCCAGCUGCGGCUCCAACAGGUUUGAAUGGAAGUUGUAGUAGUAGCGCCAGCUUAGGUAGCAAUGGCAGUAGCAGUAGUGGCAGCAGCUGCAGUGUAUUUGCUAGCUUAUUUGCAUCCUCAACUACAUCUGCGAGCUUAAAACCUCAGCAACCUCCGGUUUUCAUCGACUUAUUUCAAUCUGUAGGUCAACCAGAUUGUCUUACUGACCUUGCUCCAUCUCCAUCCAUCGAACCAAUUUCUCUAUGCCUCUCAACAAACCAUGGGUCAUCAAUAUUUGGGACUUCAGGGCAAGAGCACAGGCAAUACGCACCACCACCACAACCUGCUAUGUCUGCCACAGCACUGCUGCAGAAAGCUGCUCAGAUGGGAGCAACCGCAACUAAUGCAUCCUUGCUUCAUGGUUUGGGUAUAGCUUCAUUAUCUUCAUCAUCCGCACAGCAAGAUAAUUUGCAAUGGGGUCAGAGACAAGCUGAGCCUGAGAAUACCUCUGUUGUAGCAGGGCUUGGCCUUGGGCUUCCUCGUGAUGGAAGUUCAGGAUUAAAGGAAUUGAUGAUGGGAACUCCUGUAUUUGGUCCUAAGCAAGCAACUCUCGAUUUUCUUGGAUUGGGAAUGGCUGCUGGUGGCAGCCCCAAUGGUGGCCUGUCAGCUCUAAUUACCUCCAUUGGAGGUGAACUUGAUGUUGUUGCAGCAGCAACUUCAUUUGGGGGUGGAGAUUUCACCAGCAAGGACAUUGGAAGGAGCUCAUAACAUGGGACAAAUAAGAAUUGCUACUGCAGGGGUUAGCAUCAAGCCAUCAAAAGAGGCAGUUGAGGUCUUUUUUUUAUUGUUCUGCUGCCUUGUACACAACAAAGGCGAAAAUGCCCGUCUGUGUAAAAGGUAAAAUACUAGAACCAAAUGUAUUCGGAUACCUAAUGUAUAAAGCUUGCUGAAACAGUAACAUCUCUAAAAUAUGAUUUGGGUGAAUUGGAGACA